AUGAAGAGUAAAGUCGGAGAACGGUUCACUGAGUUCUACGAGAAGUGGAUAUGUCAACUCGAUGUGUACCUUCAACAGUUGCUGUACGUGUCCAAGGACAGUACUCUUGUUUUAACCGAAGCUGACCGUCAAGCUCUGGUGUGGAAACUGACGACUCAUUACAAAGAAUACUACACGGUCAAAUGGGCCGCCGCGCAUGAAGAUGUGCUUGUAUUUUAUUGUCCGGUCUGGUUAAGCAAGCUAGAGAAUGCUUAUUCGUGGUUGACCGGUUGGAAGCCGUCCAUGAUAUUCCACCUCGUCGACUCAAUGAGGAACAUUCCGGUGCCCGGUCCGUGUUUGGCCGAGUUGACGGAGGAACAAGUGAGGAAGAUAGAGCAGUUGAGGGUGAAGAUAAAGUUGGAGGAAGAGAAAGUGGAGAGGGAAAUGGAGAGGCAGCAAGUGGCAAUGGCUGACCGGAAAAUAGUCGAGCUGGUUCGGAUUGCGAGGCGUAUAAGGAACGAGGAGCUGGUGGUGGUGGUGGCGGGUCAGGUGGAGGGAUUGGUGGAGGUGGCGGUGAAGGGGAUACUGACGGGGCUGGAGAGGGUGAUGAAGGCGGCGGAUUGUGUGAGGCUGAAGACCCUGAAAGGUGUUCUUGAUGUGUUGAAUCCGUCCCAAUCUCUGGAUUUCCUGGCCGGGACUUGCAUGUUGCAGAUUCAGCUGAGGAAAUGGGGACAGAGAAGAGAUAGCCAGAAGGGUUUGAUUAUAUCGGAGAUGUACAAUGAUCUUACUUUUUAA